ACACACUUCCCUCCCUCCUUUAUUUUUCCUUCCUAUUUCGGCCAGAAUCACCACCUCUCCUAUUUCGGCCAAAAUCACCACCUCUCCUAUCCUCAUUUCUCAUCACCAUGUCAAAGCAAUCUCAAACCCUCACCAAUGAAGAACUUCAAGCCUCCAACGAUGCCCUGAAAGCUUAAGUUGAGUACUUAGCAAAGCAAGUGGCUCAACUCACCAAAAUGAAGCUGAAGAUGAUGGACACCCCUGAAGAGAGUGAUGAAGAACAAGAGCUGGAAACACACCCUACGGGAGAUUCCAACACCAACACCGGAGGAAGCGUUCAUGAAAAACGAAUCACGGACUUCAAGGUUGACCUUCCGACAUUUGAAGGCAAGAACGACCCCGAUGAAUUUCUAGAGUGGCUCGAGACAGUUGAGCGUGUCUUUGAUUUCAAAGACGUGCCCGAAGACAAGAAAGUGAAGCUUGUUGCCCUUAAGCUUCGGAAAUAUGCAUCAACAUGGUGGACCAACACCUCCACCAAAAGAAGGCGUGAAGGCAAGGCUCCCGUAAAGACGUGGUUAAAGAUGCGUGCCUUGAUGAAGAAGAAGUUCCUACCCGAACAAUAUGUGAGGGAUAACUUCGCACGGUUACAACAGCUAAGGCAAGGCACUCGGACAGUGGAGGACUAUACCCGGGAGUUUGAAGAACUUUUGAUGAGGUGUGACCUCCAAGAAGAUGACUCGCAAACGUUGGUCCGUUAUUUGUUUGGGCUUAACACACAAAUCGCCAACGUGGUGGAGUUACAAACCUACGACACCUUUGAAGAACUUUCCAAACUAGCUCUUAAGGUUGAGUCUCAACUUAAGAGAAGCAAAACCCCUUUUGGCCGUCCCCCUCCCUUCUCAAAAAACACACAAACUACACCCCUCAACAAUGGGUCUGACUACUAUCCCUACCAUGAGGAACCACCAUAUGAUACCCCGUCUAGAAACUUUGGGUAUUCUCCUUGCCAAGAUUCUGAUGGGGAUAAUUAUUAUGAACCUCAUGGUGAUCACGAUGACUAUGACCAAUUUGGGCCUAUGUGCGAUGAUCAAUCUGAUCCACUCGUCGAAGAGAUCAUAAGAUUAGAACAGAAAAUCUUCUAUUUCGACGAACUUUUAUUUGCUGAAGGCUCAUGGUACGAACCACCCUACUCCCGUGACUACACUUUGUUUGCUGAAGAACAAAUUGAAGCAAACAAGGUGGCAAUUCGAGAAAGAGCAAAACUUCUUGAAUCAGUCACGGAGGAAAAGGAGUUCGAAAGGAGAUUACACGAAGGAUCAAAAUUGAUGCAGAAAAUGCUGAAUGACUUCCAAAGAGAGAGACUAGAAGCCGAAGCUAAAGCUGAUAAAUUAGUCAAUGAUCUCUGCAAGGCUGUUGAACAUAAACGCUCCCUCCCAUCUCAAGAUCAAAUGAGGGAGAUUAAUGUUCAAAAAGAGGCUCUAGAACCUAAGACCAACCCCGAACCCAUCAACCAACAGGUUCCAGAUCUAGAAGAUUCACCCAGUUUUACACCAUCACAGAAACCCGAGAGCAUAACAACUCUCGCUAGGGCUACUGUUGUGAUAUUACCUGAAUCCUUGCCUAGCCAAGUCCCAGCUAGCAUAGUCGUACAUGAGGUGGAACCAAUUGAGGGACCUGACUCAGAACCACCUACGCUCAUUCAAGAAAAGGGGGAGGAAGUUUUGCCUACGGCAAUAAACGACCAUCUCCUUAAUUGUGUUGAAGACACACCUCCAGAGGAACCUGUUCUGGAGGAAGUAGAGCCCAUUACCUACCCCCAAGAUACCAAUGUCCAAGUGUCUGAGCAGGAAUCUAUAGACGAGGAAUUAUUUUGCAUGGAAAAGCCAACUCCGCUUAUAGAAACCUGUGUACAUCAUGCUUCAUCUGAAGAUUCAGACCAUACCUUCUUUGACUCCCUACUUGACGGGUAUGACUAUGUCUGCCCGAAGGAUGGUUGGAACUUAAAGAGUUGGGAUGAACUUCUGGAGAGUGACGACGAGGACUCUUCCUUGGGGGAGGGUACGAUCAUAAUCAUCAAACCACAAAUGGAUAGUCAGCCAAUUGAAGCUAAGGAAGAAAUCAAUUUCGCAAUCAAGGCUAACGAUGUGGAUCUACUGAGGAGACUUCCGCCCCCACCCACCUAUCAAGAGUCUCCUCCUUUUUUCCUGUUGCCACCAAGCCGCAGGGAUGAGUCAAAGAUCCUGGACCUUGACCGAGCAACAAAUCAAACAAGGUGGCAUCAGAAGAGAGUCAAAAGGGCCAAACUUUAUGACUCUCGAAUCGGAAGGUCGCGGAAAAAGUGGAUGGAUGUUGCUUGGAUGAUUCCACAUGGAAACCGCCGCACAUUACAGAACCUGGAAGAGCUCCCCUUGCACUCAGAAGAAGCAAGGAAGAGGUUUCUCACUUGGGGGAACACGAAGAUGCUCCAGCCCCCCAUGGUGCUAGACCCUGCCUAUCUGGAUGAACUAGGGCACUGGCAGGACAUUGAUGAGUUUCUGUACAACCCAAAAUGGAGGAUCCUGCUGUUCCUGCAAGCACCAGCAAGCCUGGAAGUCACCAUUGAGUUUCUUUGCUCUCUCCGCUUCCUCAAUGACGGAGAGGAAGUAAGGUCAACAGCUGAAGUCACCUCCACCACCAAGCUCACAUUCACUCUGAUGGGACGACUCCUGAGCCUUACUGUGGCAGACUUAGUGUGGCUGAUUGGUCUUUACACGCUUGAUGAAACACGGAGCCUGGAAUUUGCUAAUCUGCCUGAUCGGUUGGAUCCGGAGUUCGAUGUGAGGAAGUUCUGGCAAGCUCACGGGUAUGGACGAUAUCACAGUGGAGCAAGCAUAGCCAGGAAUUGGGUGCGUCCGUCUUGGAGAAUUUUACACCAUGCAUUGACUCAUAGCUAUUUUGGCCACUCUCAUGGCUCUGAUGUGGUGUUUGAUUCCGAUAUGCUAUUUUUCUGGAGUCUGGAAGCGCGCGUACCAGUCAACCUAGCAACUUUUGUGGCGCGAUUCCUAUUUGCUCAGUCGACUAGCAACCACCAGUUUGUGUUAUGUGGGCCAAUGGUUACGCUUCUGGCCCGAGGAUUAUGUAUGACAGUCCCCAAUGUUCUCCCAGAGGCUGCAAGCAUAUUCCGACCAUCGACAAGGUAUUUGACCCAGAUUGCUUAUAAUAAGGAGGACAAGGAGGCACGCCCCAGAAAGUAGCAUAGAAUUCCCAUGACCCUUCGCGAGCUUUCACAGGCUAUGUUUGCAUUCCAGGAUUCUGUAGACUCUCGCUUAAGGAGCAUGG